AUGGGGCCGCUACAAGUUCAUGUAACAUCUCUGGGAAUUUCCUCCUUUGUGCAUCAAGAAAGCGGUCUUAAAUCAGUUAAUGUUGGUGAAAAUGUGACUUUGAGAUGUACCCGUGGAAGUAAAGCCCUAUAUUUUUACUGGUACAAACAAACAUUGGGACAGAAACCACAGCUCAUAUCCACCUUUUGUAGUCAUGAGAAUGAUUAUGCCAGUUUACAUGAUGAAUUCAAGGAUAAUCUGCGUUUUAUUGUGGAAACAGGAAAUUGUAGUAAUCACUUGAAAAUCUCAAAUUUGAGUCUUUCAGAUUCAGCUACUUAUUAUUGUGCAGGUGGCUAUUUCAAUGGCUAUUCCUAUGAACUUGGAAAGGGAAUGAUUCUCAAUGUAAAAGGCUCAGGUUCAGGAAUCCAAGCUAUCGUCCACCAGCCAGUGUCUGAAUGGGUCCAGCCAGGAGACUCUGUGACUCUGAACUGCACCGUGCAUACUGAGAUCUGUAAUGGAGAAGUAAAUGUGUACUGGUUCACCAGCUCUGCAAAAUCUCAUCCUGGAGUUAUUUACACCAAUGGAGUCAAGAACAGUAAGUGUGAGAGGAGAGCUGAGACAAAAACACUGACCUGUUUCUACAAUUUAUCGAAGAACAACUUAACUAGUUCUGAUGCUGGGACUUAUUACUGUGCUGUGGUCUCUUGUGGAGAAAUUCUCUUUGGAAAUGGGACCAAGAUAAGUUUUAAAGAGGAAUCUCUCGUCUUGGUGUAUUUCAUGGGCAUGGUGUUAGGAUUCACAUCGGUUCUGGCUGUUGUCCUGUCUUACUGUGUGCUCAAGAUGAGAAGAAGAAAGUGUCGUCAUUGCCCAGAGCCAAACUCAACCAAGAAUUUUUGCUGCCACUGCUGGAACAUAGGGAACCAGGAUGCAGACAACCUCCAGUAUGCAGCUGUAAAUAUAAAGACCAACAGGCCAAGCAGAGGGACAAACAGCAAUGAGCAGUGUGUGUACACCACCAGUGUGUACUCCAGUUCAAGACAGUAG